UUUGUACUGCAUUUUUAUUUAAAUGCAUUUUCGUAUUUUCCUUGCAGCCAACAUUUUAACAUUCUACAUGAUCUGCUUCCGUAAGUGUGGGAUGUCAGACACAGCCAGCGUUUACCUGAGCUGCCUGGCCAUUGCUGACACCCUCUACAUAAUCUGGGUGAUCCUCAUCGACCUGACCCUCACCUUUUGGCUGCUGCAGCCUUUCUGGCAUUCUCACCCCUGGUGUGGCAUUCUGGGAUUCCUACAGUACGGAUCGCUGUACAGCUCCUGCUGGAUUGUGGUGAUGUUCACCAUUGAGCGUUACUUAGUCCUACGCAGUACCCGGAGCAAACAGCACUUCUCCCAGACCUGGGUUACAAAGAUGACCUGUACUGCUAUUUUCUUUGUGUCUCACUUGGUCUCUGUGCCACUGGGAUGGAUCAACCAUGUCUCAAACGUUACCCUCGUUGUUAAUGGACAAAAUGUGACUUUGCCCAGGUGUCAGUACCGUGAUAAAGUCUAUUCAACCGUAAUCGUUUGGAUAACCACUUUCCUUUCAGGGGGAGUCCCCAUCGUGUUGGUCAUCAUCUUCAAUUUCCUUAUUGGAUUUCACCUUUGUCGCGUAAGCAACCUCUUCACCAAGGAGGAGCGGCGUGUCAUUCACGGAACUUGCACUAGGGGUUUGUUGAAGAGGACCAUCCUGUUGUUGGGCACCGUCUCUGCAGCCUUUGUUUUCCUCAGCCUUCCUCGCUUUAUCACGUACAGCAUCCUGAGAACCCAGCACAACAACGGGAACUUCAACAGGAAUGACUACAGCCUGCCCAUUAACGUGGCCGGGGACCUGGCCAACAUGCUGCAGAACCUGAAUUCCACCACCAAUUUCCUGCUCUACUGCAUGGUCAGCCGCCGCUUCCGUCGUGAGCUGGUGCAAGCGGUGACUUGUAAAGCGAAACCGCACGAUCAUGGUUCUGUUCUCACCCAAACUACCUUGAAGGUCUUCUCAGUCCUGGAUCGUAAGGACUUC